ACGUCCAUCACCUAGACGAGCCCAUCACAGUACUCGAGCCGAAAGCUCGGAUGCUCGAGUACACGCUCGAAAGACUCGAGGGCCACCUAGGCGACCAACUAUCUAGCGCCAUGCAGCUCUCGGAGACGACCUGUGCCAUCGGCCAAGAAACGGCGUCCAAUGUUGAGGAGAUCAAGAUUAUCAAGCGCGUCACCUUCAAGAGGCUUGGUGGGGAGGAGCUGGAGAACGUGGAGUACAUCGCGGACAGGAAGAGCACCCAUGCGUACGUUGACACUCCGCAAGUCGUCCUCACCCAGCCCGAGGGUGGGACUGUGCGGGGAGUGGAUAAGAUCAGCCGGCUGAUCUCAACACGCAAUUCUUUCUAUUCCCCGAUUUCCACGUCGACUUUCUCUGGAUUGGUUGGGGCUAAGCACUUGGCUAUCAGCAAUGUUUCCAUUUUCUCCAAAUUCGAGCCCCUUGUCGACGAUGAGCCGCUGCCGAAAUUUUGGACCGACUACCCCUCAACACAUGGCGUCAUCCUUCGCAGUCCGGCCAAUUCUUUAUCCAAAUCCAACAUCAACAAAUGCGCCCAAGAGGAGAAGGCAAUUGAAAAUCAACUCGAGCGCUCAAUGUGUGUUCCCGAUAACAUGGCGUCACCGUCCCUCUCUUUAGAAAACGAUGACACCGAGCUUCCGGAGGACGAGGGAUCGCCCAGUUCGUCUACGACGUUGUCUCCCACCUCGCUGUUUACUACGCCGACGUCGUCACCGUCGUCCUCUCCGCCAACGUCGCCAUCAAUUACUUCAGUGGCUUGUCCAGAGGACGACGAACAUUCGUCCAUGAGGACUUACAAGUCGAGGUUACCGAGCUUCCUGUCGUCUUGCCGCUCCCUCUUCGCCGUCCCGUCAUCGAUGCCUACAUUUGGCCGGGACGUCGAGUUCCAGACGCCGGCGUUCGACGAUGUGGACUGGUUCGCCGGGAUGGCAUCCGCAAGUUGGUCUGAGGGUGGUUGCUGGCAACUGCCCUGAUGCUUUAAUGUGGAUGACGUUUCCCCGUUCGUUCUUCUGGAUGGUUGUAUCUUAUGCCUAUGGCAGAGAGCAGAUGUCUUUUGUCGCUGUUAAUGGUCAUAAUCCC